AUGAUUGGAUUUAUACGGGUAUUUUACUAUUGUCAUUUGCAACAGCGUUUUUUUAUUCGACUUCGUCCGGAUAAUAUUUUGCUGUCUGGUGGAAUUGGCUUCUCGAUGGCCUUGGUUAUUUUGCGUGAGUUUUUUUUCGAAAAUAGAUUUGGGAAAAAUAACAGAGAAUAUGCUUUUUAAAUUGAAAACAGACCUAAUUUUAAACAUUUAUAAAUGAAACGGAAAAUUUUAUUAAUCUCUAUUUUUAGUUUGAAAUAUUGUGAACAGUUCUGAAAAUCUUUUUAAAGUUACAAUUUAAAAAAUCAUUCAGGAAAUAAUAAAAAUGAGCCCAUUCAGACAAAAUGUUUCCUUCUAACCCUCACUCAUGAAAAAUAUUUAUUUAUUUCAGGCCACAAAAUCGUCUAUUCUUUAAUUGGUGUAGCCUUGGUUCUUCUAGCCCAUGCAAUUGUUCCAAAACGGUAAUUUUUUUUCAGAAUCUAUAAACAAAUCAGCAAAUUUUUUCAGUCAACAAACAUUGAUUGUCUUUAUCGGAACGUUCACCUAUUUGAUGAUUGUUCGAUUUAUUCAUAUGAUUUUGGAUGUUGAUGAAGUUUUGAGUCAUACAAAUGUUGUGCAACUCAUCAUAACUUUAAGGGUGAGUUUUUCUCAAAAGGAAACCAAAAAAAUAUUCUAAAAAAUUUUUCAGGUGAUUGGAUUAACAUUUGAAAUCUCCGACUCUGAAAAUCCAAAAAAAGACGAGAAUAAGCGAUAUCUCACUGAUAUUCCUGAUACUUUACACAAACUUGCAUAUUUCUAUCAUUUUUGUGGAUUAUUUACCGGCCCAUAUUAUACCUAUCAAAUGCUUUUAGAUGCACAAAAUCCAAUUUUGAAAACUUGGGAUCCGAAAAAUGAAGUUUUGUCGAGAAUUUAUAGGCUUCUCUGGUCCGUUCCAUUAUUCAUAUUGAUCAAUUAUUAUUGUCCAUUAGAUGUGAGUUUUUUUUUGAAAACGGAAAACGGUUUCCUUAAAAAAUAAUCUUUUGAAAUUUUUUUUAGACAAUUCGAAGUGAUGAUGUUUGGAAUGUUAGUUUUCUGACUCGCCUGGUUUAUGCUGCCCUCAUUUUCAUGGUUUUCAAAACUAGAGUUUACAGGUAUGUUUCUAUCAAAAACAAUCUAUGAAAUAGCAACCCACAAUCAUAAAAAAAAAUUCCAGUGCUUGGGCGAUAGCAGAAUCAAUUUGUGUAGUUCUCGGAAUCGGAAUCUAUCCAUCUGCAAGUAAACCAAGAAUCAUUGUUGGACCAACUGAUAUCAAGGAAUAUGAAAGAUUGAAAAAUACUGAAAUUGUGAAUGUUGAUAGUGAAGCAAUUGUAAAUUUGGAUAUUCCGAUGGUUGAAUUUUCGAAUGGUUUUAGAGAUGGAAUGAAAUCAUGGAAUCGAUCUGUUCAAACUUGGCUAGCAAUUUAUGUUCAUUCGAGAGUCAAAUUUAUGCGAGUUGAGAUGACAAUGUUGGUUUCGGCACUUUGGCAUGGGGUUUAUGCUGGAUAUUUUAUGUGAGUUUUUUGGGAUGGAUUGAAGUUUGACAUAAAAAUCAAUUUUUUUUAAAUCAAUUUCAAUCCAAAAGUUUGUCUCCUGUUAAAAAAGCCAUUGACAAAUUUUUAUAAAAAUUGGAAUUUAAAGCUCUACUGUACAUCUAAACUUUUAAGCCACGGUGUUUCACUGUUUAUUUCGAAAUUUGAAAUUUUUAUACCAAUUUUUGAGAAGCUUCCAGAAAAAAUAUUCUUCAAGGAUUCUACUGAUCUUCCAAAUGAGAAUAACUUUUAAGUUUAGUUUUAAUUGAAAUUUAAUUUAAAAUUUUAAUUAAAAUUUUUGCUUACAUUUAGAACCUUUAAAUAAAAAAUUGUCUGAAAAAAGUCUUUGUGGUUUUAAAAAUUCCAAAUUGAACUUCAGGGUUUUGAAAUUUCAUUAUUUCCGAACCCCUUUCGAACUCUAGAGCCAUGUUUUUCAUCCUGGAUCUUGAUAAUUUCGAUGUUCAGGUCCAUCUGUGAAAUUUACAGAAAUAAACUCAACAAGCAAAAUUUUGAAGUAAAUUUUUAUGUUAGUAUAAAAUAAAUCAAGAUAUUCUUGAUAAUUUUAUCACGAAAAAAUGAUCACGCCAAAAAAAUUAAAAACAAUAAUUUCCAGGUCCUUCGGAGUUGUUGCAAUGUGUGCAAAAUUGGAAGAUGUCAUUUACCGUUUAGUCCCAGUCAACCCGGAAACAAAUCAAAGACCAGCCUGGUUUAGAUAUUUGUGAGUUUUUUUGGUGAAUUUUGGAUCGGAGACUGCAAGUUUUUCCAUCAAUAAAAAUCGUAAUACCCAAGAUUUUCCAGAUACAUUCAUACAAUUCGUUGCCGUGGAUUCGAAAUGCUCGCAACCGGAUUUCUUCUCAAAAACGGCGCCGAUGUUCAUCGCUUCUGGUGCUCGAUUUAUUAUUGGUUGCCACUUCUCACCAUUCCAUUUUACAUCUACGAUCUCCUGUAUCCAGCUCCAAAAAGGGAUAAAAUAAAAACAAAGUAG